UAGGCAGCGUUAAUAAUAACAAAUUAGAUUCAGACGAAAUAAGACAAAAUGAUUGAGGCGCGCACGCUGCAGGACGAGUCGAAAUACCAGGAGACGACAAAGGAGGUCGCGCAGAAGGUGCUCAGCGGCGAGUACCGGUUGCUCCGUCGGAAACAGGGCAGCACCGUGUGGAAGGUUUACCGGGAAAUAGUGCGGUCCGACGGGGCCAUCAUCAAUGGCCUCUACUUCUGUACCGGCUGCAAGCGUGUGAUGCGAUCCUUCAACACCUCGAAUCUUCGCACCCACAAAUGUCACGUGGAUUUCCUGCGGCAGAGUCUGGAUCCCAAUGCCAGGACGUUCUCGGAUGUGACGCCUUCAGUGCAAGAGAAUGCAAGUCCUCCGGCGCGGCGUCGCAAUGGGAACUAUCCCCAGCCGGCGGAAUGGUCCUUCCACGCCACCGAACUGCUCCUUCAGUAUUGGGCACAAAAUGUCGCCGAUCUGCGGGAUACUAAAAAGCGGGUCAGGGUUAUCUGGAAAAUAACUGGCGAAAUGAAGACCCUGGGGUUCACUUUCACGGAAAUUAAAAACAAAUUGGAUGAUGUUGCCCAACAAUAUCGGCGAGAAGUCCACAUGGAAAAAACGACCGGAAAACCAUCACAGUGGGAGUUUUUCGAGACCGUUAAGGGGAUAAUCGAUUCCGACAUUAAGCCCGUGGAAACCAAGCCUAGGGAAUCGAACAAACCUGGAAAUGGAACUAUCAUGAUAACCAUAAGUAAGAUUGAUGGCUCUUUGAAGGAUAAAAAAGUGGAUAACAGGCCUAGGAGAUCGGAUAACUCUGGAAAUGGAUCCAUUCAGAUAAACGCUCAUAAUAAAUAUUCGGAAAAACAUAUUACAUCUUCGAAGGAUAAAAAGUACUUUACGGAGUUAAACGAUGAGCCAACGGAACCGGACGAUGAAUACUUAUGCAAUGACCUGGAACAAUCACAGGAGGACAUGGAUGAACUAAGCGAACUAAAGGACAACAUUAUAAGGGAAAUAGAGGAAUCCUCUACUGUCCAUUCCCAAGAGAACUACGAAGAAGAGCUCGACCAACAGAAUGCGACGAUCGAAGAAAUGAAAAGAGCUAAGCGUAAAAGAUCAGCUAGAAUGUUGGAAAUACAGGAGGAAAAGCUGUUAAUAGAGAGGAAAAAAUGUAAGCUAAUGAAGUUUUUUGUGAACGAGAUGUCGGCAUUUCGGAACAGCUUGUAUGGACUUCUUAAUGAUUCCAAAGAAGACUCCAAAUCAUGAGUACUUAUCUGACGGUAUAUGGAUCAGCUACACAAUAAGUUUCUUAAUGUCUUUAAAUACAUGUUUAAUUAAUCAUAAUAUACAUUUUUGAUUACUUUCAAAAUCAUUUAUCGAAAAUAAUAGGAGUUUUGAAAUUUGCAACAAGUCAGAAUAUAAAGCUAUUACAUUUGGUAGAAAUUGAAAAGAAUUUAUUUCACAACGUGCUCAAGAAUUUUGUAUUUUGGCAAUCGCUUCAUUUAUUCAUUUAAGACCAAUUUGAUUUAUGCGAAUAAAAUACCUCAGAAUUUGUUUAAAAUAAAA